UCCUGUUUGACUGUGUUGUCGAAUGAGCUGUAGCCAGCUAGUCAGUGUCUUGUAACGUCUCCGAAACCCAGAUAGCUGCCUCCUGAUCGCUUUUCUAUGCGGGGGGAAAGUAGUCCCUCAGCUAAGCAGGAGAAGGUAGCGCGCUCGCUAAACAGGGGCGAUGUACGCUGGCAGGAUAUUGAUGUUGUUGUGUGGGGUACUCGAGCUCUGUGGCAGCAUAGCAGCGGCUAGGGGGGCCCCCGCUUCCUUUACUGAUGAGAUCCCCUUCAAGAUCAAUUGGCCAGGAGCCGAGUUUACACUGCCCACAGGAGCCCUAUACAAAGAAGAUGACUUUGUCAUUAUGACAACUACAGACAAGGAGAAGUACAAGUGUCUGUUGCCAUCGCUGUCAAGUGGAGAUGAAGAUGAAGAGAAGGAGUACACAGGACCGAGCCCAGCCACCCUGUUGGAGCCCUUAUUCAAACAGAGCAGCUGCUCCUAUCGGAUUGAGUCGUACUGGACAUACGAGGUGUGCCACGGGAAACAUGUGAGGCAGUACCAUGAGGAGAAGGAGACUGGUCAGAAAAUCAAUGUGCAGGAGUAUUACCUGGGAACCAUGGUGAAGAAGAAUGAGUCGCCCCUGCCAGGAGCUGACCUGGAAAAAACAGAAGAGGCAGACACAGAGAAAACAGAGAGUGAGAAGGAGGUGCCCACGAAAAAUGUGGAGGGCCAGCUGACGCCAUACUACCCUGUGGAGAUGGGGAACGGAACCCCCUGCGUGCUAAAGCAGAAUCAGCCGCGAUCCACGUCUGUCCUGUACAUCUGCCACCCAGAGGCCAAGCAUGAGAUCCUGUCCAUCGCUGAGGUCACCACCUGCGAGUAUGAAGUGGUGGUGCUGACCCCACUGCUCUGUGGCCAUCCCAAGUACAGGUUCAAGUCAUCCCCAGUCAAUGACAUAUUUUGCCAGGCCCUGUCUGGCUCACCCCUUCGACCACAGCGCCUCUCCCAGCUGGACAAGGAGCAGGAGGACCUCCUCAAACCACCCUUCAGUGCUGUUCCAGAAAAAGAGGAGGAGGCAUCCCCAGCAAGAGAGGAGCUCUUCUCUUCUACCCACAAGCCCAUGGCGGUGGGUGGACAGGCUCAGAUCGCUGUGGGAACCACUCACAUCUCCCGCCUGACAGACGAGCAGCUGAUCAAGGAGUUCCUCAGUGGCUCAUACUGUCUGCACGGAGGAGUUGGGUGGUGGAAGUAUGAGUUUUGUUAUGGAAAACACGUCCAUCAAUAUCAUGAGGACAAGGAGCAGGGAAAGAAUAUUGUGGUGGUUGGCAGCUGGAAUCCAGAGGAACAUCUGGAAUGGGCCCAGAAGAAUGUGGCGCGGUCCUACCAGCUGAGGGAUGACGGAGCUCAGAAAGUCAAGGUGGUGUCCCACUUUUAUGGUCAUGGGGAUGUGUGCGACCUGACAGGAAAGCCCAGACAGGUCAUCGUGAAGCUGAAGUGCAAGGAGUCCGAGUCCCCUCACGCUGUAACUGUUUACAUGCUGGAACCACAGACCUGCCAGUACAUUCUUGGGGUGGAGUCGCCAGUUAUAUGCAAGAUCCUGGACACCGCAGAUGAGCAUGGUCUACUGUCUAUCCCCAGCUAACUGGAAAGGGGGAAGAGGAGCAGGAAGGAGUCAAGGACAAGGAGAUGCCUGGACAAAGAGGAGUUGGAGUAGAGUAAAGGAAAGGAGAGGGGGGGAAGAGAGGGAACCAGGACCCAUAUCUCAAGUCUAAUCCUCGACAGGAAAUCUCUUUCCUGCUCCGCCCCUCCUGUGUGUGUAAAUACUGUGUAAAUAUUUCUGUCAGACUGAAAUAGCACGGAACCCACUUUUAAAUCCCACAGUAAGAGAGCAGGGCAGUGAAACUGAUCUUUUGAUUUGCCCGAGAAAACUGCAAGAACUGGAAGAAAAUAUGAGUUCCGGCACUUAAGAAGAUCAAAGUUUGUUUUCUUCCAUCUGUCACAUCUCUGAACUGAAGUCCUUCUGACAGAGGAGACUGUCAUCAAGCAAAACUGAUCCUGGUCAUCGACAACUUGGGUCAUUUUUGUACUUUUAAUUUUCUGUGUUUGAUUUUGCUCCUGUGAGCUGGGUACACUCUUAUCCAGCCACUUGCACUUGCCAGCAUUUUUUCCUUGCUUUUAGAAGAUGCGGAUGUGGAAUGAUCGUUUUAUUAGGAAAUUAAAGUUGCCAUGAAUAAAUAAUGAAAAGACUUAAUGUUUGAUUAUGUGAUGUCCCUACGCUGUAGGAUAUGAUAUGACUACUGACCAUAACAGUGGAACCUCCACAGUUCUUCAGUUCAAAGACAGUCUGGUCUUUGUGUAGAGGCUUGCCUGACCUGCUAUGUUGUAGCAGCAGUUGUGGGUAUUUUUCAGAUCGCUGCCAUUGUGCGGUUCCCUAUCUGAACAUAUACAACUGUAUAAGUUGUGUAGUGAGUUGCUUUCCUAAGUUUUCCAUCAAUUGAUCAGAGGCGUUGGACUGAUGCAGUCCCACACAAUUCCAACAGAGGGUGCUGCUCACCACCAAACAGUCUCCACUGAUUUUCUGCUGUUUUUCAUUUCAAUCUAAGGUCAUGAUUAGCUGCACACAUUUUUUAAAAA